AUGCCACGCCGGGUACUCUCCUUCGCAAAAACUCAAAGUCCAAACGGCGAUCGCUUCCUCUCCGUUUUCGACAUAGACGACAAAGAAGACAUCGAUUGCUACUACACUACCAAUCUGUCGCUUGCGCCGGGCGAGUGGUAUUACCUGGAUGCGGAGCCGAAUGGGCGCAAUAUUUGUUCCGUGGAUGAAAACAACAUUCGGGCGAUCCCCGCUGAGGAAAUUCGGGAUUUGCCCCGGCUCGAAUUUCAAGAUGACCGAUUUACGGUGUGGGCACCCGUGGUCUUCAGCCGGGACGUUGCGCACGAGAGCAAGGCUCGUGCCAUCGCGUUCUCCAACGAACUUGGACGAGUUUAUUCGCCGGAAUAUCACUACGAAUUAGCUGACGACUGCCCCUAUAGGGCCAACGCCCAAAUCGCGGCGAAAUACGAGGUGAAAUGGCAGUUUUACGAGUACCUGAAUGCGAAAGAAAUGAUCGAUGGGCAGGAGAAGUAUGUGGAAGUGGCGAAGAAACUGAUGACGGCUUCGGCGAAGUGCUACCCGCCCGGCUUCUUAGUGAGAACGGCAGCGAAUCCUUGGGCAAUUCGCGAAAACAGGUCUCGGAGACGUGAAGAAUAUGCCAAUCAUAUGCGCAAUGGAGUCGGACCGAGCAGGUUCAACGAAACGGAUGUGAUGCAACCGGUGCGAUUUGUGCCGUGGGAAAAGAUGACCCACGACGAGGCCAGCGAUCAUUUGCGUGAAAAUCUCGAGAUGCUUGUGAUUGAGCACGACCCGGUGCAUGAGCAAUUCUACGCCUGGCACCGGCACACCAGAUUUGUAGCCCUGCCACAUCGCAACGAGGAGGGCCUUGAUAUGCCGACGGUGAAGACGGUCAAUGUUGGCGACUGGUUUAGCGGCACUGUAAAGCACGCCAAGAAGGGAAGCAAGUACGCCAAAACGAACGGCCUAUACGUAUUUAAAGUGAUCCGCCGCGUUGCGCCACCGGUGACCACGCGCGUCUACCAGAGCGACUACGUCGAAGUGGAAAUUGCAUUGAGGAUCACCUAUGACGUCGAGAUCAAGCGUGAGAUACACCAGGACGGUCGCCUCAUCGAAUCGGUUCCAAUCCGCCACAACGAUCUUGGCUAUGUCGCCUUCCCGCGCGAAGAAUUCGAGAAGUACAAGGGUAAACGGGUUCGCUGCAUCGCCCAUUCGCUGACCAUCGGUUCGCGGGGUCUCGGACAGGCAAGAAUGGCCCGCUGCGCCUUCGAAGUCACGAAGAUCCUCGGCGAGAUGGCAGAGGGCGAGAAAAUGGAGGUGGAAGAGGUGCUCCACGAAGUGCCCGCGCCCCGCAACUCGGACAGCGAGGACGACGAGGAAUUCGAUGAAGACGAAGAGUCGGACGACGAAGAUGACGAUGAAGUCGAGGCGCUAACCCGGGAUGGCCGACGCCCGGGCUUCGCCAGCCCGCCAUCGCUUCCUGAGAAACCAUGGGCGCCCGAACCCGAUUUUGGGCCCCCGGGGCUUUCGAAGCCGUACGAGAGCAUGCCUCACUUCGAGCCGAGGCACAGUUCAACACCGCGCGAGCGCAGCCCCUCGCCCGGCCCAAGUCGAAAUCCGAUUCCACGG